AUGGGCGACUGGAGCUUCUUGGGGAGACUGUUAGAGAAUGCGCAGGAGCACUCCACGGUUGUCGGCAAGGUGUGGCUAACCGUGCUGUUCAUCUUCCGGAUCCUGGUGCUGGGCGCGGCUGCGGAAGAAGUCUGGGGAGAUGAGCAGUCGGAUUUUACCUGCAACACACAGCAGCCAGGCUGUGAGAAUGUGUGCUACGACCAGGCCUUCCCCAUCUCGCAUAUCCGCUUCUGGGUGUUGCAGAUCAUCUUCGUGUCCACACCCACCCUCAUCUACCUGGGGCAUGUGCUGCACAUCGCACGCGUGGAAGAGAAGAAAAAGGAACGAGAAGAAGAGCUUCAGAAGGGGGCCGGCCUGCACCCCAGCGCCAAGGACCGGCCCCCUGCCCUGGAUGAGCUGGGUAGAGUCCGAAUCGCCGGGGCCCUGCUGCGGACUUACGUCUUCAACAUCGUCUUUAAGAUGCUGUUUGAGGUGGGCUUCAUCGCGGGCCAGUACUUUCUGUAUGGCUUUAAGUUGAAGCCCCUAUACCGCUGUGCGCAGUGGCCCUGUCCCAACACGGUGGACUGCUUCAUUUCCAGGCCCACAGAGAAGACCAUAUUCAUCAUCUUCAUGCUGGCAGUGGCCUGCCUGUCCCUCUUUCUCAAUCUGCUGGAGAUCUACCACCUGGGCUGGAAGAAGUUGAAGCAGGGUAUCACCAACCACUAUUGCCCAGAAGCCUCUGUGCUGGUGCAAAAAAAACCUGGAGGUGUCGGCCCUCUCAUUCUGCGCCCCCAUUCAGCCCUGCCUGCUGUCACCGUCGGAUUCCCGCCCUGCUCCACUCAUUCUGCCUCUUCACUGGCACAGACAGCUUACCCCGGGACCACUCUGCCAGCAACAAACUUCAAAACGGUAGCCCUGGCUGAGGUGCAUGGGAAAGGCCACCCAGCCAAGGUCUUCAGUGGCAGCCGCUGCCUGCUGGGCACAGAGCAGAGUCAGGCCAAACAGGAGGUCAAGCAGCAGGCUUCAGCAAGGAGCAGCUCCCUGCUAGUUUCUAUUCCUGCAGGCCUAACCACUCCGGGCAACACCCAGCAGGCCCCUCGAGAGGGCAGAGCAGGAAACAGAGUGCUCUUGGUCAAUGGGAAUGGCCGCAGCUCCGCAGACACACCUGAUGCAGGGGAACCAGCUGCCAUCACCAACAUAGAGCUACACAGGCCCCCUCUGCUCCUCCGAGAUGCAGGGCAGUCAGGCAAGGCGAGCAGCAACAGGGCCAGACCAAAUGACUUGGCUAUCUAG